AUGGGCGUGGGCUACGUCCAGGCCACCCAGCGCCGGGGCUGGAGGCACAGCGCGUCGCGCGCUUACCUCUGGCCGGCCAAGCGCCGCGACAACCUCCGCAUCGUGACCCACGCGCAGGCGCUGGGACUCCGGUUCGAGGGCACGCGCGUCGUCGGCGUGGACUACCUCCGGCGCGGCAAGCGCAGGCAGGCAACCGCCGCCAAGGCCGUCGUCCUCUGCGCCGGGACCUUCGGCUCGCCGCAGCUCCUGAUGCUGUCUGGCGUCGGCCCCGCAGCCCACCUCCGCGAGCACGGCAUCGAGGUCCGCCAUGACCUCCCCGGCGUGGGCGAGAACAUGCAGGAUCAUGCCGGGAUCAGCCAGACCAUGUGGGUCAACCGCAAGACCUACAAUGUGCAGACCGGGCUACUGAGCGCGCUCUUCUACGGUGCUCAGUGGCUGCUGGCCGGCACCGGCCCGGCCUCCACGCCGAUCGCCCAGGUCUGCGGCUUCCGGCGCUGCGACCCGAGCAAGUCUCGCUCCCACGUGCAGUACCUGUUCUCGCCGGCGGGCUACGACCUCACCGCAGAUGGGCCCGAGGUCUUCGACAGGCCUGCGAUCACCGGGAUCACCAACCUGCACCGGCCCUACUCGGCCGGCACGGUGCGCCUUGCCUCGGCCGACCCCCGCCCAGCCCGCGAUCCAGCCGAACCUGUUUGCCGAUGA